AGACGAAUACGAUUCUUCUUAGGUUCUGUCCUUGUAAACUCUCUCCCCUUUUAAAACUCCAACAUCACAUUAUUGGUUCCAUCCAACACACAAACCAAAUCUUAUUACAAUGGGUUCCGCCUUCGAUCCUCUUGUCACCCCCUCAAACCUAACCCAAGACGAACUCAAGAAACGCGCCGCCUACAAAGCCGUCGAGUACGUCAAAUCCGGAAUGGUCGUCGGCCUCGGCACCGGCUCCACCGCCAAACACGCCGUCGCCCGCAUCGCCGAGCUUCUCCGCCAAGGCAAACUCCAAAACAUCAUCGGAAUCCCGACAUCCACCACGACGCACGAGCAAGCGGUCUCUCUAGGCAUACCGUUAUCCGAUCUCGACUCCCACCCCGUCGUGGAUCUCUCCAUCGACGGCGCCGACGAGGUCGACCCUUCCCUCAACCUCGUCAAGGGACGCGGCGGAUCGCUUCUCAGGGAGAAGAUGGUGGAAGGAGCGUCGAAGAAGUUCGUCGUGAUCGUGGAUGACUCCAAGCUUGUGCCUCAUCUCGGAGGAAGCGGGCUCGCUGUUCCCGUGGAGGUUGUUCCGUUCUGCUGUGACUUCACGAGGGGGAAGCUUGAGGAGCUUUUUAGAGAAGCGGGGUGUAAGGCGAAGCUUAGGGUUAAGGAAGAGACGGUGGCGGUGACGGAUAAUGGGAAUUAUGUGGUGGAUCUGUAUUUGGAGAGGGAUAUGGGAGAUUUGGAGGCGGCGAGUGAGAAGAUUUUGAGGUUGCCGGGAGUGGUGGAGCAUGGGAUGUUUUUGGGGAUCGCGACGACCUUGAUCGUCGCCGGAAAAUCCGGUUUAUUGGUUCAAAAUAGGUCUGGGGUAAAAGGGUAAUUUCAUGGGGGGGGGAAUUAGGGUUUAUGGUUUGGGUGUUUUUUGGUUUAAGAUGGAUCUUUUGCUUCUGUAAACCCUUUGACUUAUUCUUGGUCGGUAUGUAAGUGUUUGACUCUUUGAAUGCUUACUGUUUGGUUUGUUUUAGACAAGUGCAAUUGCCAAUGUAGUCCCGAACUUUCUCUAUUUUACAAAAAUAAGCUGAAUACUUUAUACUGUUACUCAAUUGCCCAAAACAAACUA